AUGCUGGUCUUCCUCUUGGUAGCCACUGCUUUAUCGAAAUGUUCGCAUUCCGAUUUUGCGAUGUGUUCGAGCAAUAAAGCGAAAGUGACGUGGGACUAUGUUCUCCACGUUCAAACUUGGCCUGGCAACUUCUGCAAAUCGAAGUGUUGUGACUUGCCAAAGACAACAAUGAUGAUGAGAGACGGAUUCACUAUGCAUGGGUGGUGGCCCGAAUUUGUAUCAAAUGGGUAUCCAUCAUGUUGCACAUCACCAUACACCGAUGCUGAGGUUCAAAAGACCAUAGACAACGAUGCUGAAUUUAUGGAAGCUCUGAGUCUGAAUUGGGCAUCACUUUCGAAAUGCAAAUUCUUCAAUUAUGAGUAUGACAAGCAUGGGACUUGUUUGACUAAUAUCUACGACGGUGCGACUGGUGUGAAAGACUAUGCUAUGGCUGCUAUGAACUUUUUGAAUACAUACGACAUUUGGAAGAUCUUUAAAGCGAAUGGAGUAUUACCCGAUGGUUCGACUGGGUAUUCAAAAGAGUGGUUACGAGGGUUAAUUACAGCAGAAGUAGGUGUGGACAACCCAUUGUAUUUUGUCUGUUCAGGAGGACACUUGUCUGAGUUACGAGCGUGCACCAAUGUUAACAAAGCAGAUAAGAUGCAUCCAUUCUUCAUUGAAUGCCCAUCGACUGCUAUGAAACAAGAGACUUGUGGGACUAACAUCAUCUUUGAUAUGCCGCCAAAUUUGAAAGAAGGAGGUUGUGUGUACUAA